UUAUCUAGAGAGAAGAUAUGGCUGUUUGUUGUUGUGACAUAUUUGUUUCAGGGAAUUACUUAUUCAGAAGAACUCAGAAGAAUGAGGAAAGCUGUGGAUCCCGAAGCAUUUAUGAAUAUUCUAAGUUGCUCGAAUGAGCUCAUUACUUACAAAGGGUACCCCAGUGAAGAGUAUGAAGUGACAACAGAAGAUGGUUAUAUCAUUACCAUUAACAGAAUCCCUUAUGGUACACAGAAUCAGGGAAACCCAGCUUUGAAACCUGCUGUAUUUCUCCAACAUGGAUUAUUGGGAGAUGCUAGUAACUGGGUCACAAAUCUGCCCAACAACAGCUUGGGCUUCAUACUAGCUGAUGCUGGCUUUGAUGUUUGGAUGGGAAAUAGCAGAGGGAAUCGCUGGUCCAGAAAACAUCAGAAUUAUUCCAUUGAUUAAGAUAAAUUCUGGGCUUUCAGUUUUGAUGAGAUGGCAAAGUUUGAUCUUCCAGCAGCAAUAAAUUUCACUGUGGAGAAAACAGGACAGGAAAAGUUGUACUAUAUUGGCUAUUCACAAGGUACUACCAUCGCUUUCAUUGCAUUUUCAACAAUGCCAGAGCUGGCUCAGAAAAUCAAACUCUAUUUUGCAUUGGCACCUGUCACUACUAUUAAGUAUGCUAGAAGCCCAGCAACAAAACUCCUCUACCUCCCCGAAAAGUUGCUCAGGGGUUUGCUUGGCAAAAGAGAAUUCCUUCCCCAAACUGAAUGUCUAAGAAGGCUAAUAGUCCCCAUCUGCAGCCACCAAGCUUUUGCCAGGCUUUGUAGAAGUGUCUUCUUCAGUCUGAGUGGCUGUAACCUGAAAAACAUUGACAUGAACCGAAUCUAUGUGUAUAUUGCACAAACCCCCGCUGGAACUUCUGUGCAGAACAUAGUCCACUGGAGUCAGGAGGCCCAUUCAGGGAAGUUACAAGCUUAUGACUGGGGCAGUUCCAAGAAGAACAUGGGAAAAUACCAACAGGCUACUCCUCCUCUCUGCAACAUAGAAGAGAUGACUGUACCAACUGCGGUAUGGACUUGGGGACAAGACUUGCUCGCAGAUCCCAAGGAUGCAGCCAUUUUACUGUCUCAGAUUAAGAGGCUUAUCUAUCACAAGAGGAUUCCUGAAUGGGCACACCUGGAUUUCAUCUGGGGAGUGGAUGCACCUGUGCACAUGUACAACGAAAUUAUUGAUCUGAUGCAUAAGUAUCCUUAA